UAUGUUAAUUAGGACAACUUGAUUUCAUUAAAAAAGUCUCUACUGGCAUGUGAUUGUACAGCAUCAGUCUUAAACUAUAGUAAGGAGGACUUCUCGUUUUUAACAAAAAAUAUAGAUUAACAAUUUUGUUUCAUAAACUAUGCUUGACAGUUCACUUGGCUCUUCUGGCCAUGGAAAUAUUAAAUCCAACCACUAUGAGGUAAAUGUUCUCUUCCUCUUCUCUUUCUUUCAUUUAAGAUAUCCUCUGGACCUUUGAAGUAUUUUUCAUCAAAAUUAAGAGAAAAAAAGAUGCUAGUCUCUAGCACAGAUGAUUUUGAGGCCAGAGUUCAGGAAAGUCAUGACAGAAUGAGUGAGUUGAUAGCCUUUGAUGAUACUAUGGCUGGUGUCAAAGGAGUUGUUGAUGCUGGAAUCACUGAAGUGCCUCGAAUGUUCGUUCAACCAGCUAAAAUAGAGGAAUCUGUAAGCAGUUGUGAAACAAGGUUCAUUUUUCCAGUGAUAGAUCUUGAAGGCAUUGAUAAGGAUCCAAUCAAGCAUAAGGAGAUUGUGGACAAAGUUCGAGAUGCAUCGGAGACAUGGGGUUUCUUCCAAGUCAUUAAUCAUGGCAUUCCGUUAUCUGUACUCGAAGAAAUGUUGCAAGGAACACAACGAUUCUUUGAGCAAGAUAUUGAGAUUAAGAAACAAUACUACACUCGAGAUAAUACCAAAAAAGUGGCUCAUGUUAGCAAUUUUGACUUAUACAGCCCUUCUGUUCCAGCUACAAAUUGGAGAGACUCACUAUUCUGUUUAAUGGCUCCAAAUCCUAGUCCAGAAGAACUGCCAGCAGCAUGCAGGGAAAUACUGAUGGAGUUCUCUAAUCAUGUCAUGAAAUUGGGAAAAUCCGUGUUUGAGUUAUUGUCUGAGGGUCUGGGUCUCAAUCCAUCUCAUCUCAAUGAUAUGGAUUGCUCGGAAGGGCUCCGUGUUUUGGGCCAUUACUAUCCAGCAUGCCCUCAGCCAGAACUCACCAUGGGCACCGGAAAACAUUCUGACAAUGAUUUUAUCACAGUUCUUCUGCAAGAUCAUAUCGGAGGACUCCAAGUGCUUCACAAGAAUCAGUGGGUUGAUGUUCCUCCUACACAUGGUGCUCUUGUUGUGAACAUUGGAGAUCUUAUGCAGCUCAUAUCAAAUGACAAGUACCUAAGUGUUGAGCACAGGGUAUUGUCAAAUAAAGUUGGUCCCAGAAUAUCAGUUGCAAGCUUCUUCUACACUGGUUCAUUGCCAACUUCCAAGCUUUAUGGACCAAUUAAGGAAUUGUUGUCGGCAGAUAAUCCACCAAAAUAUCGCGCAACCACAGUGAAAGACUAUGCUGAUUACUUCCGCUAUAAAGGUUUGGAUGGAACUUCUGCAUUGUUGCAUUACAAGAUCCAGCCAUAGCUAUGUAAUAAUAUUGGAAAGUAGGAUGAGAGAAUCUAACUUGUGAUGUUCUGAAGUAAAAUAAUUCUUAUGCAUAAGCUUCAUAUAUGGUGAAAAUAAUAAGCACUUCUAUUAUCUUUGGAAGAUUGUACUUUUGACUGCUCUAUUGUACUUAUAGGCUCGAUUCAUGUCAACAAAAUAAUGAAUGCCAAUUUACUUGUAGAAUCUACUUAUUCUCUAUGCUCUCUCACUUCCUUGAUCUGAUAUCUUGUUAAUG